UCUUCAGCUGGGAAGUCCCUCUGUCUCUCCACGUCUCCAUCAAAGUCUGAAACACUUGUGAACUGUGAGAUGUGUCUGUGAGCAGUGUGGCACUGUGGUUUGUGCGGCAACGGGCACCACUGUCAGACAUGUCUGCUGACUGCGUGAGGUCAUCCGCAGAGACGGGCCAGUGCGGGGGAAACGGAAGGCAAGAGCAUCCCUGUCCAGUUUCCAGUGUUUCAGGAACAUUGAUUGGAAACCAGAGUUUGGGGGCACUGGAGAGUGACAAACGCAAUGAACAUGAAUUCAAAAAGCCCCGACGGAAAGACACACCCGUUCUGAAUGCCCCUCCACUUGUACCUGGAGUGAAGAUGAUGAAAGAGAAGAGGCGAGUGAUUCAUGUGGAGGAUGAAGAAAAAGAUGGAAAUAAUUAAACAGUGCGAGGGUCACUGUAUGACACAGUGGGAUGUCUUCAGCCGAAACUAUUACGUUGCUGUAAUUGUAGUUAACCGAUGUGUUAGCCA